CCCCGCUACACCGGAACAUCGGGGGGAACAAUGGCGGAUCUACGUUUAAUACAUCUCGUUUUAAUUUGUUUUGGAUCUAUAAAACAACAUUACAGAAAACGAGUUAAUUGUAGCUAAUACAUGACGUCGGUGGGAAUUAUAUUAAGCGUGCACAGAAUGUAACGGGCACCUAUAUUAAUUACAAUUUGUAUUUAAUUCAAUUCAACAUAUCUGUGGUAGAUGUCAGACGAGGCCGUCUCCAUCCUAAUUAAAUUCGUUUAAAAAAAUAGACACCGAAUCAAAUAUGACAUGCUAACUGACUUUAGCUAAAGAAGAUUGGUCGAACUGCCUUACGGAAUUUUAACGUAACCGGAAGUUGAUAACGGGGAAUUGUCUUGCUGUGCGCCGAGUGGGACCAUCACACCGCUCUGUUGACUUUCUGCUAGCUCGGAACGAAUGAAGUCCUGUGAAGUACAAACUGUGUUUUUUAAUUAGUUGGCUAUUUUCAUGAAGUGAACACACCUUUUAACACAUUUUAAUACUGAGACGUAACACGCACUUAAAGCCUGAAGUGUGUUGCCAGGUCCGGUUAUACGAGUUAGAUUUCAAGGCUAACGUAACUUUCCAAGGAUGCAGGUACAGAAGGUCGUCCUCAACUCACGACCGGGUAAUGACGGGGCGCCAGUUCCUGACAACUUCCGGCUCGAGGUGACGACUUUGGCACCUGACCUGAAAGAUGGGGAGGUCCUUCUUCGGACGCUUUGCUUAUCAGUUGACCCUUACAUGCGAUGCAGAAUGAACGAAGACACCGGUGUUGAUUACGUGACUCCAUGGCAACUGUCCGAGUGUGUGGACGGCGGAGGCGUCGGCGUGGUGGAGUCCAGCCUCUGCAGCGCCUGCAGCGAGGGAGACGUGGUCACUUCCUUCAACUGGCCUUGGCAGACCAAGGCUGUCAUGAAAGGAAGUGCCUUACAGAAGGUUGAUCCAAAGAUUGUUGACGGGCGCUUGUCUUACUUUUUGGGUGCAGUUGGCAUCACAGGCCUCACUGCUCUGCUGGGCGUAAGGGAGAAGGGUCAUGUGACCAAAGGGGCCAAUCAGACCAUGGUAUUGAGCGGUGCCGCUGGGGCCUGUGGCUCAGUAGCCGGACAGAUCGGCAGGCUGGACGGCUGUGUCAGGGUCGUCGGGAUCUGCGGUUCGGACGAGAAGUGCAAAGCUCUGGUGGACGACCUGGGCUUUACAGCAGCCAUCAACUACCGAGGGGAGGACGUCCCCACGAGGCUCGAGGAGUGCUGCCCCGAUGGGAUAGAUGUCUACUUUGACAACGUGGGAGGGGCCAUCAGCGAUGCCGUGAUCACACAGAUGAACGUCGACAGCCAUGUGGUCCUGUGUGGGCAGAUCUCGCAGUACAACAAGGAUGUGCCGUAUCCUCCACCGCUGAGCGACGGCGUAAAGGAAACGCUGCGACGGAACAACAUCACGCGGGAGCGCUUCACGGUGCUCAACUACAUGAACAAAGCCGAGGCCGCCCUCAGUGAGCUCGGCCAGCUGGUUCAAUCAGGCCAAAUCAAUGUGCUGGAAACUGUCGUUAAUGGCAUUGAAAAUAUGGGAGAGGCAUUUUGCUCCAUGAUGACGGGGGGGAACAUUGGCAAGCAAAUUAUAAAGAUAUCGGAGUAAAAGAAAACCCUCCGCUCUCACCUGGCAGGCGCCUUGGGAAAUUAACCUCCAGUUUCUAUCUCUCACCUUCAGCACUAACUGAAUAAACUCAAAUGAGAAAUCGCAUUAAUUAGCCGAGACCAGUCGAUCGCAAUUAUGAACCGUGAAUGAGAGAAAGUCUCACAAUCUUCUUUGAAAUUGUGUCCUUGUGAAUAAUGUGAAGAGCGUUGGGAGGUUAUAACUCAGAGUAAUACUUAUUGAUGUAGACGUUUGUAUAAUAUUGGUGCUGCAGUUUAAUAAUGUAGAGCCCAAUGUUGUAAUGCUACCUCGUGAUAUUAAACGCUUUUCUAAAUUGCA